UUUAAAGAAUUGACAGGGGUGUCUUGAAAUAUAGGGAAAAACCCGAACAAACUGCUUUGUUGUGCAAUUAAUCCAAUGUUUUCCCCCAAUUUUGCGAAUGCUAUAUAAACUAUCGACUGAUAAUCGAAUCCACAAUUGAAGAUAAUCUCUGCUGAAAUGGCAACCGAAAAAGUAAAUCCAGCUACGGACGAAGUAAAGAUGGAUCUGUUCGAAGAUGAUGAUGAAUUUGAGGAGUUUGAAAUCGAUCAAGAUUGGGGAGACAAAGAGGAAGGUAAAGAAGUAGCUCAGCAAUGGGAAGACGACUGGGAUGAUGACGAUGUCACUGAUGAUUUCUCCCUGCAGCUCAGGAGGGAAUUGGACGCCAAUGCUGAGAAGAAAUAGGCUUAAGUUGAGUUGUGUGCUGUAUGUUUGGGAUUUAUAACUUUGAUUUUAAUCUCUAGUUUAAUGACUUGUUACUGCUGAAUAUCUUUAAUUGAUCAAAGAAACCUUUUCAUAGCUUGUA